UCAAACUGAAGAAACUUCAACACAAAACACAUUUUUGAGUGAAAGGCGACUCUUAGUCUCAAUGACAAAAGAACAUUUUAACUAGGGGAAGUUCGCACUGCAGGGCUGGUGAGCCGCAGCACUUAAUGGAGGUGUUUCUCUUCUUUCAUGUCACUCAGUGUGUAUAUGAGAACUAGGCCAGGAGAGUGUAAACAUCUGGCUCAGUCCAGCGCUUGCUGCCUGUUGAGAGCCAUGACAGAUGGAAAGGGAGCGUAUAGCUCAAACACUUCCAUCUUUGACUGUGCCGCCAGUUGUCUUCCCAAAAUAGCCUGCACUCCCCGGCCUUAUAUGUGCAGGCCUCCAGCGUGUGCCUGAAGAGGCAUCAUGUAUCUAGGCCACACAAUACGGGCUCAUUGUUGCUGCUUACCAGCAGGCCUAUCACCGCCUCAGGGACGAGGCCUCUCUUUCAGUCUCCAGACUCACCAUGCAUCUCACCCAGCUCAACCACGAAUGUCUCCUCCACCUUUUCUCCUUCCUGGACAAGGACAGCCGCAAAAGUUUGUCCCUGACCUGUCAUCAGCUGCGAGAGGUCUUCCUGGACCCCCGACUCUGGAACCUUCUUCACUUCAGCUCCCCGUGUCAGCUGAGGUGGGACAACUUCGUGCUGGGACCCUCGCUGCGGUACUUGACCAUUUGCUGGUACUCCAGCAGGGUCCUGCAAGUGUGCAACAUUGAGGACUGGCUGAAGACCUCGUUUCAGAAGGACAUCUGCAGUAAACAUGAGAGCCUGGUCAGCACUUUCCUGGCCCAUGUCUGCCACAUGUGCCCCAACCUGCUCUCGCUCUCGCUAUCCGGCUGUGGACACAUCACCGACCAGGAUGUGAUCUCCGUGCUGCAGAGCUGCAGGAAGUUGCGCCGCCUCCACCUGGAGAACUGCGUCCGCAUCACCGACCGCAGCCUGGAGGGCGUGGCAGCCCACGGGGGCAGUCUGGAGGAAGUGAAGGUGGACUUUUGCAGGAACAUCACUCAGGCGGGGCUGCAGGCUGUCAGGGAGAAGAGGCCCGGCGUCCAGCUGAGCUCGGAGCGCAGCGCAGAUCUGAUCCCGGACAGCAGGCCUGAGGAGAAGGUGCCGCUCAGGAGGACACUGCAGAAGCUCCUGCUGUUCUCCUGAUGGAACCAAUCUCACAUGGAGCACAAGGAGGAGCGCGUCCUGUGACUUUCAGACUUACUGACUGUGAUGUUUUUGAUUUGAAGUGUUUUCCAUUUUGUAUACAUUUUUAUACAGCACAUGUUGAAUUGAAAUAUUCCUUGCUUUUUGCUACCUUGCCUUUGAGCCGUCUCUUUUCUAUUUCAUCCGAAACCCAACCGAGUCUUACACAUGUGGCCUUAACAGUAAGUCUUAAUCGCAACAUUCAUUCAGUCUUGCAGUCAUAUAAUUCCAUUAAAUAAUUUCCAUCGUUAAAAAAGAUGUCAUUUUGGAACAACUGCUUGUUGGUUUUCUUGCAGAGUUAGAUGAGACAAGUUUAGCUUAGCUUAGCACAAAGACUGCAAACACGGGGAAACAGCUAGCUUGUUUCUGAAGAUAACAAAAUCCGCCACAGGGAGUAUAAUAUGACUAUAAGCCGAGGAAUAGUUUGGAAUUUUUUUUUGCACAUUUUCAUUUUAUCCACGUUUUUUUGGCAACAGCAAAAUGUUGACCAUUUCAAUGUAAGAGUGUUGACCCUCUCAUCUUACAUUCGACAAGAAAGGAAUAAGCAUAUGUUCCAAAAUGUCAAACUGUUCCUUUAAAGCAACAUUAUGUAGAAAUUGGCAUUUUGCGCAUUUUUUUUCCUGCCAUUUCUGAGUGCAACACCACUGUCAUAAAUACAAAUCCCAGCUCUGUAACUUUUUGUCAGACGUAAUGUUGGUGCUAACUACAAACACAACUCGUUACAUCAUAAUAUUUUUUUUUGUUUCUGAUUCCUCACAUGGUGCAGAAACAUGUGAUACAUCGGCUUAUACACAGACACCAUUCACCAAAUUACAAGACACCAUAUCAUCAAAAUGAUUUUGAGGCUGUCGCAUUAAAGGUAAAAAAAAGUUACAUAAUGAUGUUAUAAUACGGUUUGAAUAACAUCACACACAGGAAGACACACCUGCGCAAUAUAUAAGAGCGAGAGGCGCGUGGUUGCGCUCUGUCUUCGACACGUCAGACCUCAGAGGAAGCGAUCUCUGAGGGCAAAGUGUGCCUGAGCAGGAAUCACGUUAUAUAAGACUGAGACAUACGAAAGUAGGUUGAUUAGGGGAGUGUGUGUGUGUGUGUGUGUGUGUGUGUGUGUUUUUGUAAAUGCCAUGUGACAAAUGUUCUCGAGGCUGCUACCCCGUCCUGUGACUGCAGCUCUGAAGAGUGACCGUAUAUAUAUUCACACAAGGUCAACUGAAGGAAGAAAGAGCUUUUGUCAGUCCUGCCUGCAAUGGCGCUAUUCAAAUAUUUAUAUUUAUUUUCCAGCUUUCCUUUGAAAGGCCACAAUACUGUGUGUCUUUUCUAUUGACUGUGUGACUGUAUGUUUGUACUUCUUCAUCAAAUACGUUGUGAGGUUUUCUGGCUGUGAAUCUGAAUCAUAAAAGCGAGGAGCUAAACAACAAUGACAACUUAAAGAGGUCUUCUGCAAUAUCCACAUUUAUAUUAGGAUUUUUAAUAAUGUCAAGUAGCAUCUUGAAGUGGUGCUGUGAUUAUCAUUAUUAUAAUAUAUCAUUUUAACUCUGGUUAUUGUCUUUCUACCUCAUGGAAAAUGUUUUGGGCCAAAUCGCAUUCAGGAAACAAUAGGUUAUAUCUGUGUAGACGGUGUGCCAAUGCCCAUUGGUCUCAUUUGUGAUCUGUAAUGGAACAAACAUGAGCAGAAUUUGUGUUUGAUGUGCAUUUGUUGGCGCUCCCUAACCUCUAACGCAGGUUGGGUUCUCGGUUAAAUGAAAUACAAUGAGUUGAGAAAUGCGGUCUGUGUGGUUUGGGCAAUGAGAUCGAUUGCGAAAACAUUUCCUCAGGCUUUCAUGUCAUUAAACAAGCAUCAAGCGUGCGUUCGAGAGUAACUGUAUCUAUUUAAGUGAAACGAAAAAAUGUGCAAUGGCUUGACAAGAAGUCCAAAGGCAUUUCUGUCACGCUGCGUACAGCCUUCUGCUCAUGAGAACUCUGCAGCCACGUAAGAGAGGACAGUAAAGCGUGUCCCGUGUUAGUAAAGAUAAAAACAUGUUGUUUUCCAGCCAAGAAAGCCCCAAACCAAUGAUAAAUACAACUCUAUGACUGAACGGAGAGACAGAGGUUCAGCUGUGUAGAGACCGGAGAACAAAUGCUAUAUUAUUUACCAUAAAGAAAUAUGACUUAAUAGCAAAGUCUAUGUCAGGAAAAGCCGUGAAGAGUUAUGAGUUCCAGGUGGGGACACUUCUGAGGCACAUCCGCCUGCAUACAGCACUCCAACACAAUAACAGGACUGAGCAUCAUGUAUCAACACGACCGUAUCAAAGCAUCGCUCCUCUGCUUUUUCCAUCAGAGGCAGGUUUUUUUUCUUUGUUUUUCUAAGGGCGUAUGAUUUCAAAAGAGUACGUUCUUGAAAGACCUGUUGCCCAGAUGUGUGUCCUUAAAAGCACUGCCUUUUGCUGCGCAAGCUGGCAGCUGCAUCGGUUUUUGUUACCUCACCAGCACUGAUGUGACAUUGUGGGACUCCUCAUCUGAAUUGUGAAUAAAGUUUCAGAGGCCACCUACCUUGUUGAAUGUGGUGCUAUUAUACUGUGGGAGAGAGUCGCACUGUGAGCUGAACAACCGCUCCCUGUGCGUGUGAUUUGAUAUUUAAAUUAUUGUGCAAAAACCUAAACACAUAACUGGGAAACUCACAGUUCCUGCUAAUCAGAUCUCCAGCCUUCCACGAAAUGCAAAUGUCAGUCGGUUUUCUUUUUCUGUCCUCAGACUCCUGGUUUUACUCUGCAAAGUACAUUUAAUGAAUAAGCUGGUGCGAUGCAAAUCAUCCAAGAUCAAAUGUGGACACCCACAUGCGUCUGUCACCACCAUUGCCUGUGGCGGAUCGCAGACCCGGUCUGAGGUGAAGCACACUGGGUCCGGGAGUCGGGGCUAACUACAUCUUCAAACAGACCACACUUUACCAUUACGCCGCUGCUUUAUGAGAACAGGCUGCGAGACGCUUCAUGAUUAAAAAUGCUUCAGUAACAUAUCGUGCCAAAUCACUUUUGGCUGAAGAAACUGGAUGAAAGAUUGUAUCUUUACGACCUACUUCAAAAGACAUGACAGGGUUGUUUGAACCGCCUGUGGACUGUUUUUAAGCUGAAACACUGCAGGAAGUCACAAUACUCGGUCUCUACUUUUCAUGUCCUAUUAUGUAACUCUACCAUUGAUGACAUGACAUUUUUUGAUAUUAUUUCCACUUCUUUGGCUGAUAUGCCUUACAUAAUACUUAACAACCCACUAAACAGGUUCAAGUCACCAAGGAGGGACAUAGUCAGUGGUGGAGGAGGAAUGCUGCAAACGCCGGAAACAGCUGCGCUUGCGAUUGUUUCUUUUAUGACCUUCUCCAGAUCACAAGUAAAUCAAUUCAUUAUCUCCGGAAAAUGAGCUUUGUUAUUGUAACAAAAUGAUUAAGUCGCAUCCCCGUGAUUACGGCAAUAAAAGAAUACUGCA